AUGCAAGGAAGCGUGUUCCCAAAGCUUGUCGUUUCGAGAGGGUACAUCAACCGUCUUCAAGAGAGGUUGGCGGCUUUAGAGAGCAAGUCAGAAGAACACUCCCUCGUUGAAGCUACAACUGGCGGUUCAAGGAGCACCGAUUUGAGUGAUCGUGUACCACUAUCCACUGAGCGUAAUGAGAUCUCAGAACAAGUGAUAAAGACUUCAGCUUCAAUAUCACCAUAUAGAACAGCCGAGGCACAAGACCAACGACAACUUAAUGGUGAAGGCAAAGCUCCUCUCACGAAUCCUUUGGCUUUCCACACGUAUGACUUUGUUCCAAGCGUCACAGGGCACAUCCUUUUCAUGGGAACAUCAUCAAAUUGGUCCUUCAACAAGCGAGUCUUGACCAUGACCCACGAACGUGUCAAAGGCCGUCCAUUGUCAAUGCACAAUCUGCACUUCGCCGGUACUGAGGGAAAGGUCUUCGAUCUAAGAUGGGAUGGAACUAGAAAGUUGACGGCACAGGAUGCUCCGGACAUGUCGGCCCUGCCAACUAAAGACUUUGCUCUGUAUCUCAUCAACUCGGUCAAGUUUCACUGCGGUUGGCUAUACAGCCUAUUUGAUGAGGACAUCUUCAUGGAACGCUUCCGUCUAUUCCACCAGAAACCUACCGAAUAUGCGCGUGCAGAACCUUUGUGGUUCAUUCACUACCUUCUUGUCCUGGCGUUUGGGAAGGCUUUCGUGGUUCAGUCAACCAAGUCGAGACGGCCUCCUGGAGGUGACUUCUUCGUACAAGCCAUGAAGCUCAUGCCUGACUUCAACUUCUUUGAUUGCGAUAUCAUAGAGGAGAUGCAGGUUCUUUGCUGUGCUGCUCUGUAUCUGCAAUCUGUGGAUCACAUACAACAGGCAUAUCGUCUGGUCUGCUCCGCACUUCGUCAUGGCUUGGAACACGGUAUGCAUACUGAGAUGCAAUCCGAUUCUCUUGACGCGGCUUACGUACAGAGAAGCCGACAUGUGUUCUGGACACUCUAUAUCCUCGAACGCCAGCUGAUUUCUCUCCUGGGACUUCCGCUCAGCAUAGCUGACGAGACGAUAAGCGCACGCUUUCCCGACUUUCCAGGACAGCCGCAAAAGUUAGAGGCACUGAAGAUACAUGUUGACUUCUGCAGGGUACUUGCAAAGAUAAAUCAGACUGUGUAUGGCCUUGAAGGAAAGCUCGACAGUCGAUACCUCGGUGCUACCCAGUCAGUUCUGAAGAGUAUCGCGACAGUGACAGAACGAUUAAACAAGUCCUUUGAGAUUCAGGCAAGCGAGGGGAUGGCUGGUAUAUCGCGAAUAUCAGCACAUCUCCAUUUGAUGCAACACCAAUCAGAGAGUGUGAAAGGGCUAGUCCAAAUGUGCACCGAGUCUGCUCAGCAGAUUUUGAGAAUCCUCUCUAGUCUUUCUGAGCAAGGGCUUUUAGAAACAUUCCUGAAGUUCGAUCAGGACGCCGCUUUCAGUGCUACGAUCGCACUGCUUAUGGCCGCUGCUAUUGACUCAUCACUUCUACCAGACCAUACUCCCUGGACGCAACGCGCCUACGGUCUCUUCGACGAGAUGAACUCGAGAGGAAAUCUCGUAGCCAAUAUGGUAGCUGCUGAACUGAAGCAACUAGAAGACUUACUCAAAAGCUUCCUCACCAGCAAUGACUCGAGGCCUGUCGUUGUGACACAGGGCCCGAACACGCCUCGGCAGGGUUUUAUGAAUGACAUAGACAGUGGCACAGGCUCUGCUACUGAUUAUGCCGAGCCGUUCAGCCUCGAGUCGGAUGAUGACUUUGGAUUGGGGCUGAACUAUGAGCUUAGUGCAGAACAGCUCUUGAAUAUUGCUAAUUCGCUGGAUAUUGAUAGCUUGACAUGGCCGUGGCCGGAGGAUCCGAUGGCUGAAGAUGUGGAUGGUGUAUGUGAGUAG